CUUAUAAAGUUCAAUAGCACUUCCCAUGUAAUGGAAAUGCUAUCACUCAAUCCAAGAAUGAACAAAUUUCCAGUUCCCCCAGUGAAGAUCGAUUGUGAUGUGAAUGUGAAAUGGUAUCUAUCUGUUUGUGACGAACAUCCUCUUUGUGUACGACUUGUUGCAAAACCUGUUGAGGAAGAAAGGAACAAUCAGAAUUGUGAGGUCAUUGAAACACUUACGUGGGAUAAAGAAACUCACGAGGGACUGGAAGGUCAUCGAGAUAGUUUGAUUGAUAUUGGAGAUA